CAAUUGGAAGCGUCCAAGACCGGACAUUCAUUUAGUGGAAGUUAUAUGCAUUAUUGCUCUUUACUACUCAGAAAUUCGCAAACUGUUUCCACGAAAACUUUAAGACAUGUCGCAGGUUGAAAAUUAAGUGGAAACUAACUGUAUAAUAUACCACUUCUGAUUUUGAAAAAUUUUAUUGGCAAAAAUAUGAAGUCGUUGCUUGUCUUCACUCUCCUGCUCCAAUGGCAUGCACACGCCACUCACUCUGCGGAGAACUCUACUGCGAUUCUCAUGAAAUUUCUCGCAAAUGUCAACCAAAAUUUAGCCGCACUCUAUAAUCGUGAGGUGUUGGCCAACUGGCAAUUGGAAAUAAAAGGACCUAACGAUCUAUACGCUUUAUUACAGUCCGAGCUUGUUAGUGAGGAGAUAAUGAAUUACUUGCAAAGUAUUUCGGCGCAAACUUCAAAAUACAAACGUCUUAAGAUAGGUGAUUCGGAGCAGCAACGCGAACUGGCCCAAAUACCCGAAACAGGUUACGAAGCUUUGUCAUCCACGGAUCUCAAAUUGAUGUAUAUUGUCACCACCAAUAUGGGUGAUAUUUAUAAGAAGACAAAGCUUUGUGCUUAUCACGAUAGGAGACAAUGUAAUUUGACUCUGAUACCAGCAGUGCAGAAUAUAUUACAUAAUAGCAAUGAUGUCGCAGAGAUUGAGUAUUAUUGGUUGGAAUGGCGACGUAAGACGGGCAUGGCAGCGAAACAAGAUUUCGUAACGUUUGUUGAUUUAUACCGCAAGGCGGCGCAAUUGAAUGGCUUUACAAAACCUUCCGAAUUUUGGUACAAAGAUCUUGAGGAGGAUAGCGUACAAGCUGCGACCUUAAUAAAGAGCUUUAUGCAACGUCUACAGCCACUGUACCAGCAAUUUCAUGCUCACGUACGCGGGCAGCAGCGUAAAAUGUAUGGGGAGGAGUUAAUACCGCGUGGUAAGCCAUUUCCGCAAAACCUCGCUGAGAUUUUCAUAGGCAAUGCCUAUCGUCGGCCGGAUCCAGAAUGGUUUAUAGAGUUUCCUUACCCGGCGAUCGGUAUGCCAAAUAUAACUGCUGGCCUUCUUCGACGUGGUCUGACCAAUGCACAACGUGUUUUCUGGAAUGUCGCAGACUACUUCCGCUCACUUGGUAUGCCACAGAUUGAAGACACAUUUUGGACACAGCAUGCGCGUCCUAAAGCGGAUUUGGAAGAAGAGGAUAUGCGUUGUUGGCAUAAGGCUUGGAAGUUUUAUGGCAUAGAACGUGUGAAUUUCUCUUAUUGUCCUAUAGUAGAUGAGGAUCGCUUCUUUAAUAUGUACGAGGCUUUAACCGAUGUCUAUUAUUAUCGUGCUUAUGAGAAGCAGCCAACACUUUUUGCAGAAGAGCCAUUUCCAAACUUCAGCGACGCGCUGGGAAAGAUGUUCUCCAUGGCAGCUUCCUCGCCACGCUAUCUGGAAAAGCUAAAAAUAUUGGAACGUGGUGUGACAUCUAACGAACAGAGAAUAAAUCGACUGUAUUGGCAGGGUCUUCGUACAAUAUUUCUACUACCGGUCUUUUAUGUGCUCGAUCGGUAUCGGGUGGAUGUGCUUGAUGGUGAUUUAAAUAUUAACGAUAAUUGUGAUUAUUGGCAGUUGACGACAGAUUUUACGGGCGCUGAACCUCCGGUGAAUAGAAGCAAUGGGGAUUUCGAUGCGCCAGCCAAGUUGUUGGUAGAAGUAGAUGAUCAGUAUACAAGCCAAAUAAUGAGCACUGUACUGCAAUAUCAAUUCUACAAGCACUUUUGUCAUAUCACAGGCCAAUAUAAACCGAAUGAUCCGAAUUAUCCACUCGAUUUAUGUGAUCUAUCAAACCAACGUAAAAUUGGACCGUUGGUGAUGCAAGCCAUGUCCUUGGGUUCAUCGAAGAGCUAUAAAGAUAUUCUCGAAAUAAUGACAAACGAAAGGGCAAUAAGUAUGGAUGGUUUAUUGGCCUAUUUUCAACCUUUGUAUGAUUGGUUGGUAGAGCAAAAUCGCAUUGAUGGCGUUGAAAUCGGUUGGGAGCCAACGACGAAAUGUUGGGAAGAUAGCGAUGUUGAAUAAGUUAUUUGAAUCGUUUCAGUAUUAAGAGUAAAAUGUCGUCCAUGAUAACGGCUCAACUUGUUGUGAAAACGACAAUAAUUUAAAAACUAAUUUUAGUAAAUGCAUGUGCAGGCCGAUAUAUGCAUCUACAUGUUUGUAUUUAAUGAUUCUUAUGUAUUUUUGAUUCAAUGAAAAAUCACAAUCUGAAGACUAAAAGUUAUUCUUGCAAUGUAAUUAAAAUCUUGCGUUAAAUUUGGGACACCCUAAAGUUGGUUACUCUACGUAUACGCAAUGCAUAAUAAAAUGAAAUUGUCAAUUUGAA